CAUGCUUACUCCAUAAACCUCACCACAUUUUGCUGCCGCAGCUGUUGUGGCGCACGCAGGGAGCGGAGAGGUGCGCUCCUUCUGGGGUGACCAUGUCGAGUCUGGCACGGGCUUUUUCCACACUGAUCGGCGACUACUGAACCCGUUUCUCUUCGACAAAAAGAAAAACGGAAUGUUGUCCCUCUCUCGCUCACUAAGGUCGGUUUCAGCAGAACAGUGAGGACACCGCUCAUUUACCAUGAGCUGUUUGGAUGUUAUGUACCCAGCCUAUGGACAUUACGCACCGUACGCACCGACUGCUCCUGCUUUCAUCAAUAGCUUACAGGCUCACACAGGUCUGAGCAGCACUUCUCCUCACUGCCGGGAUUUUAUGGACACUCCCAGUGGUCCCGAGGGGAUGUCUGGGGGCCCAGGCACUGGAGGAUCAACUUCCUCCUCAUCUUCAUCCAGCUCUUCCUCUUCCUCCUACACCCCUGCGGCGUCGAGGCCAGAGGAGGGCCCCAAGGAGAAACAGGAGGCCCCCGAGGCAGAGUACCUGACUUCUCGCUGUGUCCUCUUCACCUACUACCAGGGAGACAUCAGCAGCGUGGUGGACGAACACUUCUCCAGGGCCCUCAGCUCCUACAUGGAUGGAGAGGGCAAACGGCGGGCGCCAGACCAACAGGGUGCAGAUACCCCCUCACCUAGCAGUCGACGAAGCUUCCCCCCAUCAUUCUGGGACAGUAACUACCCUUCGCCUCAGAGCCGCUCCCACUGUGAGACAGCUUCCUAUUCCAUGGACCCAUACGCAUCAGGGCUACACCCUGGCCUGCCGCAUCCACAUGCUCAUCCUCACCCACACGCUCAUCCUCACUCCCACCCUCACCCAGCGGAGAGCUGGGGAUAUUCUCAGGCCCAAGCCUAUGGGCCCCCACGGCCUCUCCAUGAACUGUAUUCACCGGCAGCGUUGGAGCCCCACUAUGGACCCCUGCUCAUGCCCACCGUGAGGCCACCUCAUCUCCCUACCUUGCCAAGCCACUAUGAAGUGAGCAAGCUGGAGCCUACUGCCUCCUGGCCCAGCCUGCUCCCCCCUGGAGACGUCAGCCAGACUCUGGCACUCAACAUGGAUGCAGGCCUCCAGCAGCACAAGAAAGGCAAAGAGCUGUACUGGUUCUAAUGAGCCCUUCAGUCACACUGACCAGCCAUUACCAGAUCCAAUUAGUCCCUGGACCUGCUCCGCUAUUGAAGCAGCCUGGCCCUUUAUCCCCCCACCACCACCACACACACAUGCUGCAUCCCCAUCUAUCCACCCCCGUCUCUCUGCUCCUAGCCUCCCCUGCCAGCAUACAGCCUUGCUCCAGGUCGACGUGUGUGCACCAUGGAGAUAAAGCAGAAAGAGGGAGAGAGAGGAACAGGGAGAGAGACAGUGUGUCUGAACUGUCUGUAAUCUGUGCUGCUGCGCUCCCUUUCUCAUCUCUCUUCCACUCUCCUCUCCUGCCGCUGCCGGUGCAGCACAGACCUUGGCAAGGUGCGAGCCACCAGUGACCUGUUUGGACUGAGAAAGACGGGAUCACAACAGACUUUUGCAGAGGACAGAGAGAUAGAGGGAUGAAUGGAGGGACAGAGGGAUGAAUAGCAGCGAGCAGGGAUUUCCUCCAAAGUCCCCGGUUAUCUCUGUCUCAUGCUCUGUGUUGGUACAGUGGUUGUCAUUAUCCACUUAUCUGCAUUUCACAAAUGCAACAUGCAGCGAUAAACAAGAGCAGCAAUUAUGGCGGUUUCUGCUUUGUGACUGUCAUCAUGAGGCCUUUUUUUUUUUCAGUUGUUGUUAUUAUAUAUUUCUGUCUGAAAUAAAGUGUUUCUAUUUAUUGGUGUUUAUGUGCAUUUCUAAAAUGUUUGGUUGGCCAGUGUUCUGAAAUGAUUGUUUCAGUGUUUUCUGAAAAGAGAGAGGUGAUAGAGCUGACCAUGCCAUGUGCUCUUGGUGGCGUUUCUCAUCUAUCUUUUGCGGAGAAUAUCACCAAGGUCAUUUGUCCUAAAACAUAGCAACAUUUGUUCAGUUUAACAGGAAGUUGUUUAUUUCUGAACGCUCUCAGAUGAGAUUGUAGUUUCAAUUUGAUGAUGUUGUUCCAUUUGAGUUCUUUAUUUCUCUGUCAUUUUUAGAUUUUUUGAAUUUGGACUGUCUAAAUAUUUUUUGGGAAUUUCUUUGUGUGUGUGUCAUUUCUCAUUUUUGUGUCCAAAAAGAUUGUGAUGUCAAUAAAUAUUUUUAUGGUACGUUG